AUGGAGCCGGAGCCUGGACCGGGAGCCGCGGCAGGAGGAGGGCCGCCCGCGCCCCGGCCCCGCCGACGCCGCUCCCUGCGCCGCCUGCUCAGACGCUUCCUGCUGGCGCUGGGCAGCCGCUCCCGCCCCGAGGACUCGCCACCCCGGCCCCAGCCGCGACACUGCGAUGGCGACGGUGAGGGGGGCUUUGCCUGCGCCCCGGCCCCGACUCCAGCCGCGUCCGGGAGCCCCGAGGAGGAGCGCCCGCCCGGACCCCAGCCCCAGCUCCCCGCCGGCGAUGGGGCGCGGCCCCCGGGCGCACAGGGCUUGAAGAACCACGGCAACACCUGUUUCAUGAACGCCGUGGUGCAGUGUCUCAGCAACACCGACCUGCUGGCCGAGUUCCUGGCGCUUGGGCGCUACCGGGCCGCCCCGGGCCGCGCAGAGGUCACCGAGCACCUGGCGGCGCUCGUGCGCGCGCUCUGGACCCGCGAAUACACGCCCCAACUUUCCGCGGAGUUCAAGAAUGCUGUUUCCAAGUACAGCGCCCAGUUCCAAGGCAACGCCCAGCACGAUGCCCUGGAGUUCCUGCUCUGGCUGCUGGAUCGCGUGCACGAAGACUUGGAGGGCUCGUCCCGAGGGCCAGGGUCCGAGAAGCUUCAGCCUGAAGCCAGUAAAGCCUCUGAGAACCACCUGUCGCCAUCGCCUCAGCCUUCUCUAGGUCAAAGCUUUGUGCAAAGCCACUUUCAAGCACAGUACAGAUCUUCCUUGACUUGUCCUCACUGCCUGAGACAGAGCAACACCUUCGAUCCUUUCCUGUGUGUGUCUCUGCCCAUCCCCUUGCGCCAGACCAGGUUCUUGAGCAUCACCGUGGUCUUCCCCUCGAAGAGCCAGCGGUUCCUGCGGGUUGGCCUGGCCGUGCCCAUCCUCAGCACGGUGGCAGCCCUGAGGAAGAUGGUGGCAGAGGAAGGCAGUGUCCCUGUGGACGAGGUGAUCUUGGUUGAACUGAGCCCCAGUGGACUCCAGCGGUCUUUCUUUGAUGAAGAGGACCUGAACUCCAUUGCAGAGGGAGAUAACGUGUAUGCCUUCCAAGCCCCUCCACCGCCUGGCCAGGAGAUACUCACAGCUCAUCCAUCUGGUCUGUCCGUGUCCCCUCGCGCGGCAGCCUGUGAGGGUCAGCGGUCCCUGCCCGCCCACCAGGAGAACAAGGUGCUAAUCCUCUUCUGUAACUUGGUGGGGUCAGGGCAGCAGGCUAGCAGGUUUGGGCCACCAUUCCUGAUCAGGGAAGACAGAGCCAUUUCCUGGGUCCAGCUCCAGCAGUGCAUUCUCAGCAAGGUCCGCUGUCUCAUGAAAGGCGAGGCCCCGGAACAGCAGAACCCAGGGUCACUGUUCUCCAUCCGGGUUGUGGGCCAAUCCCUGGCCCUUAGCUACUUAUCCCCACAGGACAGCAGGCCUCUCUGUCACUGGGCAGUGGACAGGGCUCUGCACCUCCGGGGGCCAGGAGGCCCCCCCCACGUCAAACUGGCUGUCGAGUGGGACAGCGGUGUCAAGGAGCGCCUGUUCGGGAGCCUGCAGGAGGAGCGGGUGCGGGACGCCGACAGCGUGUGGCGGCAGCAGCAGGCGCACCAGCAGCACAGCUGCACCUUGGACGAAUGUUUCCAGUUCUACACCAAGGAGGAGCAGCUGGCCCAGGACGAUGCGUGGAAGUGUCCCCACUGCAAAGCCCUCCAGCAGGGCAUGGUGAAGCUGAGCCUGUGGACCCUGCCCGACAUCCUCAUCAUCCACCUCAAGAGGUUCUGUCAGGUGGGGGAGAGAAGAAACAAGCUCUCCACGCUGGUGAAGUUCCCGCUCUGCGGCCUCAACAUGGCACCGCACGUGGCCCGGAGAAGCGCGGGCCCCGCGCCCGGCGCCUGGCCUUCCUGGACGCAGCCUGCCUGCCUGCCCACCAGCUACCCGCUGGACUUCCUGUACGACUUGUACGCCGUCUGCAACCACCACGGCAGUCUGCAAGGUGGGCAUUACACAGCCUAUUGCCGGAACUCUCUGGAUGGCCAGUGGUACAGUUAUGACGACAGCACGGUGGAAUCACUUCUAGAAGAUGAGGUCAUGACCCGAGGGGCUUACAUCCUGUUUUAUCAGAAACGGAACAGCAUCCCUUCCUGGUCAGCCAGCAGCUCCAUGAGAGGCUCCACCAGCUCCACCUUGUCUGAUCACUGGCUCGCGAGGCUCGAGAGCAAUGACAGCAGCACAUGGGGCAGCCUGCUGUCCGGGCGCUCUGCCCCCAGCCCCUGUGGGCCCCAGGUGCCCGACCCCCCCGCUCUCACAAACAGCCUCUCCGGUCCGGAAAAUGGAGGCCUGGAGUCCAGGCCUUGGGUCCGGGGCGUAAGAGGCCGCAGCAUCAGCCUGAAGGUGCCCGCUCCUUCCCCAGCCAAGCAGGGGCCCUUCAGGACCAUGCCCCUUCGGUGGUCUUUCAGACACAGAGAGAAAGCACCUGGUGCAUCUGCCGAGUUGGUGGAGUACCUGGAGUCCAGACGGAGACCUCGCUCCACCAGCCAGUCCAUCGUGCCGCUGCUGACGGGCGCUGCUGGCGAGGGCGAGCGGUCAGCGAUGCCGAGGCCCGGUGCCACCCUCUCUGCUGAGGGUGAAGGCAGUGAGCGAGCCGGCCAGAGAGUACCAGCUGCAGCACCCUGCCCCUCGGGCCCCCUUGGCCACUGUGCUGCCCCUGGGACCUCGGAUGGCCUCAGCACUGCAGGGAAACUCAAGGAACCUGCAGGGCCGGAUGUCAGGCUGCCCAGGCAGUUUGACCUGCCCCUCACAGUCAUGCCCUCCGUGGAGAACGAGCAGCGGGCCCGGCCCGAGGGCCAGAGGACCGCGAGCUGGAAGGGAAGUGGCCAGGCGGGGGGCAGUAGCGGAGCGCCCUCCCCCAAGGACGCUUCGAGCACGGUGGCGCCUGCAGACACUCGCCGGAACCCCUUCGCCAGGUUCAGGGCUGGUGCAGAGUGGGGGGACUCCGAGACAGACCGACUCUCACAGGGGACCCUCACCCUCCUGAGGUCUGUGUUUUGGAAGAAGGAGAACAAGAAGAAUGACAAGGCCGAGGUGGCCCCCCAGGUGUCCCCAGUCUCCCUGGGGAGUGGCAGACUGAGCCCGGCUGUGGAUGAGCAGGCUCGAGUCUCAUUCUCUUCCCUGAGGAUGCCAGAGGGCCUGGCCAGGGGCCUGGAGGGCGCUGUCCGGUCUGCGCCCAACUCUCUGCACCUCCCACGCAAGGCCAGCAGGCCCACGAGGGCCAGUGCCCUGAGCGUGGCCCAGAGGAGUGUUCCCGGGGAGCAGACUUCUUUCAGCACCUUGCAAAAGGUGAAAUACCACACCCUCUCCUUGGGGCGAAAGAAAACCUUACCGGAGUCCAGCUUCUGAUGGCGUAUUCAGGGGCUGGUGAAGCUGGUACACUUAGCUCUGCCCUGAGCAGC